AUCCCCACCCUACCCCACCCACCCCCUUUUAAAUACCAAAACCCUCUCUCUCUCUUCCUCCUCGAUCACCACAUCGAUUUUCUCUCUCUACAUUUUCAUUCUUCGAGCAGUGUCGUCCGUCUAUGGCGUCCCUUCCAGUAACUCUCGACACAAUCAAUCCCAAAGUUUUGGAGUGUGAAUACGCUGUCCGCGGAGAAAUCGUGAUCCUUGCUCAGAAGCUGCAAGAGGAACUUAAGAACAACCCCAACUCUCAGCCUUUCGAUGAGAUACUCUAUUGCAACAUCGGGAAUCCUCAGUCCCUCGCGCAGCAGCCGAUCACUUUUUUCCGAGAGGUUCUUGCCUUGUGCGAUCAUCCUGCCCUUCUAGAUAAACCCGAGUCGAAAAUUUUGUUCAGUGAGGAUUCCAUACAGCGCGCGUCUCAGAUCCUCGGCCAAAUCCCGGGAAGAGCCACCGGCGCGUAUAGUCACAGCCAGGGCAUCAAAGGUCUACGCGACACAAUUGCGGCGGGAAUCGAGGCCCGGGACGGAUACCCGGCAGACCCGAACGAUCUUUUCUUAACCGACGGUGCUAGUCCCGCGGUCCAUAUGAUGAUGCAGCUGCUGAUACGCUCAAAGAACGACGGCAUUCUCUGCCCGAUUCCUCAGUAUCCUCUUUACUCCGCUUCGAUCGCCCUCCACGGAGGCACUCUCGUUCCGUAUUAUCUCGACGAAGCGACGGGCUGGGGCCUCGAGGUCUCCGAGCUCGAAAAACAGCUGAAAACGGCGAAGUCAAACGGAAUCAGCGUCCGGGCAUUGGUCGUAAUAAAUCCCGGCAAUCCUACCGGGCAGGUUUUGGCUAAAGAGAACCAAGAGCAAAUUGUCGAUUUCUGCAAGAAGGAAGGGCUCGUGCUUUUAGCCGACGAGGUUUAUCAAGAAAACGUUUACGUCGCGGACAAGAAGUUCCACUCUUUUAAGAAAGUCGCGCGGUCAAUGGGUUACGGGGAUAACGAUAUUUGCUUGGUGUCUUUCCAGUCCGUGUCGAAAGGUUAUUACGGAGAAUGCGGGAAACGAGGAGGCUACAUGGAGAUCACCGGAUUCAAGCCUGACGUAAGGGAUCAAAUCUACAAACUCGCGUCGGUGAACCUUUGUUCUAACAUAUCCGGACAGAUUCUCGCAAGCCUCAUCAUGAAACCCCCGAAGGAAGGCGAUAAAUCGUAUGAGUCUUAUGUAAAGGAGAAGAAUGCUAUUCUGUCGUCGUUAGCGCGCCGAGCUGAGAAGCUCGAAGAAGUGUUUAAUAGCUUAGAAGGGGUGACGUGCAAUAGGGCCGAAGGCGCAAUGUAUCUCUUCCCGCGGCUUCAUUUGCCGGAAAAAGCCAUUGAAGCUGCGAAAGGUGCUGGCGCAGCCCCCGACGCAUUUUACGCUCGCCGGCUACUGAAUGCCACCGGAAUUGUCGUCGUGCCGGGUUCUGGGUUCAAACAGGUUCCCGGAACGUGGCAUUUUCGGUGCACGAUAUUGCCGCAGGAGGAUCGCAUUCCGGCGAUCGUUACCCGUCUCACCAAAUUUCACAAGGAGUUCAUGGAUGAGUUCCGGAGCUGAUGAUCGACCGCUGUAUCAGUACCGGAGAAUUUUCGAUGUCUUCGCCGUGUUUCGGGUUCUUGAGAUUUUUUGCAAAUUUCUGCGGAGUAUUUUCAUUUAAAUGUUGUCGUUGUUCGUGUGUUUGGUCUGAAGAACUUUUGUCGUGAAAGUAUCGUAUGCAAUAUCUAUCCAUAUCGUAGACUCAUUAUAA